AUGCGUCGAUAGUAAUAUCGAGGGAAGUGUAGCUCUAGCACCAUCCUGGCUCAUCGCUAAUCGGCUGUUUUUUUUGACCCGGCAAACGAGCAAGACGUGCGCGCGGUUUGUUAUCGUUCUUGAUUUCGUCCACACCUUUUGAAAGCUGCGAAUGAGCGGGGAACACGCGUACCGGCAAUAAAAGCGGCGGCAGCAAAACAGAGUAGAGCCAUAAAAGCGUAAUUAUUACAAAAUCGUGUUCGGCGUGUAAAUUGGUUGGUGUUGGUGUCGGGUUUUGUCGGUUCAGGCCACGUUAAUGCAUAAUGCGGUGUAAAGUGCAGAGCAUAAACCAGUUCACAGUGUCGCCCCAAACGCCGGUCCCGGCUUGCUUUCAAUUAAACCAGUGCCAGGCAGCAGCAGCAGCGUCGCCCCAAGCGACCAACUAGUUUGUGUGCGUGUGUGAAGCCAGCAGCCAGCAGCCACAGAAAACGGCCAAAAGUAAAGGAAUUUAUGCGGCGGCCGAGAGCCGAAAACAGACAACAAUAGGUAAAGGAGGAGACGGAAUCUGAAGCUGCAGAGGAUUCAAGCCCAGAAGUUGUUUGACCAGUUUCUCUGUCUGUGCCAGUGUGAGUUUGUGUCUCUCUCGCUCUUUGUUUUUUGGCUAAAAGGCAGACGCAGAGAUAGUGUUUGUGUGGUAUGAAUCUAGUGCCCGAUCCGUACGUGAGCAGUGCCCCAAGUCAAUGAGGAGGAGGAGCAGCAGCUAGUGAAGCCAGCAUCCAAGCAGCCAAGCAGCCAAGAGAUGCCCUUUGUACAGCGCGUGGUGCAACCCGUAAAUGUGGCCCAGGCGACGGCCGCCAGCCUUGGACAUGCCUCCACCCGCUUCCACUGUGCGCCCGGCAAGUGCAAAAACAACAACUGCAUCAACAAGCAGUCGCCAGAGGCGGGAACGGAUGUCGCCGACUGCCGGGCCACCUCGCCCACCUCGCCCUCGCUGACCAGAGUCCUGGUGCAUGUGAACGGGGAUGGGGAGGACGGAGCCGGUCAGCCCCACCCACCAGCGGCCCUGCCCAUGAAGAAGCUGAAGCAGCACGUCGAAUUCCUCUCGACCUCGCCGACGCACGGCCCGAGUCGUGCCUCCCAGUCGUUGCCCAAUUCGCGGCACCCCAGCCAGCAGCGUCCGGCGAUGGCGCGGAACGCCAGCGCCCCACAUUCACCCACCGCCGGCUCCUCGAAAGUCGUCUCCGGCCACGAGUUCGACUCCAUCAGCAACAUCACCCUGAGCAAUGCCCUGCGGCAGCUGGCCAGCCUGGUGCUCAUCGCCAGCGACAUCUUCGACGAUCUGCAGCGGGACCUGCAGUCGGUGGGCGAGCGGGCCGGGCGGGUCCAGCGCAAGAUAGCGGCCGUGGAGCGGCGCGUCUGUGCCUACGAUCCGAAAAUGGUCACAGUUCCUGAAAGCGACCUCCUCACCUUUGCACAGCGCAAGGAGCACUACGAGACGGACAAGUCAUUCCAGCAGGAGCUCUUCACCGGCGACACGCGGCCGCUCAGCGUUCGCCAGCUGUACACGGAGGCGGGCAAGGACCGGCCCGUUGGGGCGGCCACCGCAGGAGCCCUCGCGGCUCUGGCCCAGUCCAAUGCCACGGCCACGGGCACCACUCCGCCGCGUUCCAUUUCCUUCAACGGGGACGGAACGACGGGGGCCUACCACAAUGGCCACGAUGUCCUAACGAACGGAGGCGGAGGCGGUGGCUCCGCGGAGGCGUCCGCCUCCGAGGACUAUUUGAUCUGCGUGUCCGACUUUGGCAAUGCCAAUCGCAAGCUGCGCACGCGCAUCGAUGCCGAGAUCGAGAUACGUUUGCCCGCUGCCAUCGAGGAUCUGCGGAAGUGGACCUCCAGCGAGGCGCUGGGUGAUGUCACCGUCACGCCCGAUUGCAUGCACCAUGUGGACACCUCGAUAAGCACCUCCAUCGUCAUCGGCGACAGUGGCGUCCACACGCCCGCCCUCUCUCCGUCCGUGCUGUCCGCCGAUGCCGCCGAUGCCCUGUACGCCCAGAACCUGAGCCAGGCGGCGGACAGCAGCUCCCACCAUCAUCAUCAUCCUUCCCAUCAUCACAAUCAGGCAUUGCUGCCGAACGAUAUCAAUAAAGAUGUGCCUUUGAAUCAUCGACUGCCUUCACCCGAGGAGCAGACCAAACAGAUUGCCUUAAAAUACCCCGCCGAAGUGAUUUCGGUGAACAUUUCUGGAAAGAAUUUCCAGCGGAUGUGUGCGGCCCGCAGGUCCACGGCAGGAUGCUUUGCCGGUGGCACCACCCCGGCGGCCUCCUCGAGCAGCGCCAGUCCCGAAAACGGACAGACGGAGGCCAACAACCUGGACGACAACGUGCAGACGGUUAGCCGGAGGUCGCGGUCCCGCAAGGUGCGCGGCAAGCGGAGGAACACGAUAGCCGGCAUCGACCAGAAGGAGAUCCAAGACGCAGCCAAUGGAAAUGGAGAGUCCUCCUCGAAGCAGAAUGCCUCAUCGAGUGCCACAUCGCCGGCACCGGCUGCGGCCAGUGCGGACACGCCGGAGGGCGCCAAGAAGUCGAAGAAGUUCGGACGCAGCAAGUCCAGCGACAUCUUAAAAAAGGAAUCUGUUGCCUUGCCCUACGACAAAGGCAAGAGCACCCUGACCCGCCUCAACUCCCUGAAGCAGUGGGGCCGCAACCGGUUCAAGUUCAUGCACCGGGCGGGAGAGCUGAACGGCCUUGGGGAGAGCAGCCAGCUGGACACCAGCGGAUGCAGCUCCCAGAACAGUUCCGCCGAGAAGCCGGACAGCAGCAGCCAUGGAUCGCCGCCGGGCCUCGGCUCCGCGAGCGUGGAGCGGGUUGGUGGCAAGUCCAAGGCCAGCGCGAAGCCCAAGCGCGACAUCGACGAAGAGUGUGUGGUGCACGAUCUGAUCGCCCAGAAGAGUGAAUCUCGGUUUUCGCACGAACGAAAACCCUCGUAUUCCUCCUCGGAGAAGAGCAUGAGCGUGUCGAGCAGCGGCCAGCUGAGGGGCAAGCUCCAGCUCUCCUCCACGCUGGCGGCGGCCAACGUGAAGAUGCGCGAGACGGCCACGCUGAACAGACAGCGGCGGAACGGACUGCACGGCCUGGCCGGCAAGGAUGAGCAGCCGCACUCUUCCAGCGGCAACUGGAGCGCCAGCUCCGAGUCGGGACGCGCCUCCAUCGGCAGUGAGAUCACCAUGCAGCCCAAGUCUAGUGCCUCCAACACCUCGCUGAAUGUGUCCAGCUUCCAGCCGUGCAACAGCAGUGGACCGCCCUCCUCGAUGAUGAGCCGGCGGCGAUUCCUGAACACCUCCGCCUCGAGCAGCGUGACCAGCGAGGGCACAGCUACGCCGGAGCUGCAGACGGAGGCUGGUGCGUAUCCCAACCAUCUCGACGACGAGACCAGCUCCGCGUACAGCUGCGACACCGAGGGCUACUACACCUCUUUCCACAUGGACAGCGGCCUGCGCACGCUCAAGGAGGAGGAGCCACCGAUGACCCCGCUGCAGCAGAGCCUGCACACCAGCUCCUACUCCUUCGGCAGCCAGUCCAACCAGACGGUGCUCAACGCGGAGAACGAGUACGAGCUGUACGGCCGGGGUUCGACCUCGACCACGACCAGUUCGGCGGGCACUGUCUGCACCACGCUCCUGAACGGAGCCAUCUCCGGGCCGGAUGUGCCGGAGCGGACCAGCUCGCUGGGCAAGCACAGCUCUGGCCAGAGCCAGAGCCACAGUCAGAGCAACAGCACCAGUGCCAGCAGCAGCACCCUGGAGCGCAGCUACAGCAGCAGCACCAUCGGCAGCACACUGGAACGGACGGGAACCAUCAAGAGGAACGUGAAGAUGGCGCCCAAUGCAGAGGAUGCUGCCAAGCAGGAGGAUCAGCAGCAGCAGCGUUCGGCCAUGCCUCUACCGGGCGGGGCAACGGAGCUGGAGUUCUCGGAGAGCUCGGAUCUGGAGGGAGUGGAGCGGAUCGAGCGGAUCAAGCAGAAGACGGCCAUCACCUCGAAGCGGAUACCCUCGAUGUGCAUCAUCACGCCCACGACCAGCGACGAUGACGAGCACCAGUCGCAGGCGGAUCGAACCCUCACCAAUCUCUCCGUGGACGUGGAUGUGGACCAGGAUGAUGCCGCAGAGCCGGAACAGAGGACACCAACAAAUGCGAAUCCGGAGAGUAGCAAAGACCACAACCUAAACGAGCUGAAGCAGACGCCAACGAAAGCUUUGAGCGGAAUGUUUGAGAAGCUCAAGGUGAAGCUUGUGCCGGGAAAAAGCUCUCCGGUUAAGCCAAAGCCUAAGCCCGCCUCCGCCAGUGCCGUCAAUGACGAUGAGCUUUACGACCUGGCCGGCGAGUACGUCACCAUUGCGGAUAUCAGCAACAACAACAACAAUCACAGGGCAAAGAUUACGCCCUCGGGCGCUGGCUCCAGCCUCGGCAUCUACUAUUCCAAUGACAUAGUUCGUCGCGGAGCCUCGGCUUCGGCUUCGGCUUCUGCUACGUCCGAGUACGUGUCGCUGAACGAGCUGCCUCAGCACUUGCGUCGGCAUGCAACCCAUGGCUCUCCCUCUGCCCUACCGCUGCCGCUGAGCGAGAGCGGGGCCUGCGCACAGCUGCUGCUGCCCGGUGAGACGGCAGCAGCUGGCAAGGCCACCCCGCCACCCCAUCUGCAGCAGCAGCGGCAGAGGCAGCAACCCACCCGGAGCGAGGGUUGCGGGGUGCCGAUGUAUGCGGAAAUCAGCGAACUGCGCGAGGAGAAAUCGCUCGUCGCCGCUCAGCAGCAGCAACAGCAGCAGCAGCAGCGUCGGGUGCGCACGACGGCCGAGGGCAGAGUCAUCUACGAUUCCGACAGCUUGAAGCGGCGCAAGGGUGCACACACCACUUUUGCACCUGGGCCCUACGUAAAGGAAACCGAAAGUGCCCUGCUCAGUGCAACGCGAGACGCCGCUACGGGCGAAAGUGCAACAUCAGCAGCAGCAGCAGCAGCAGGAGAACCCGGAUCUAUAGAAGCAGAAUCGACGGCCACAUCCCCUCUGACGGCGACAACAAAGAGCGCCAAGCUAUUGCUAUUGAGCAGCGGCGGUAUCGCUGGCAACCACCGCAAGGUGGCCAAUGUGCGUCCCAUAGUAGCCAAGUCGCCGCUCAGCAAGAUCCCUCAGAGCAGCAGCAUGGCUGCGUAUCAGUCAGCGACAGUCGGCGGAGCCACUUACCAGGAGCAGAAGCAGUUGCUGGCCAACCACACGAAUCCCUUCUACGAAACAAUUGCAGCCGCCGCCGCCGUUGCCCCGGCAACGGGCAACAUGAUGCCUUCGCCCUCGGGCAAGUCCAACUCAUCGACUGGCUCCACGGCCACCAAUUCGUCCUCCUCUACGGCGUCGGCCCACUCCGGCGAAGAAGGUAAGCUAGUGCUCCAGCCGCCGGCAGACAGUUGCCAUUUCGCUUGCCCACCCACACAUACACCUACACCUACACCUACACUUAAGUCUAAUCCCCAAACCGAAUCCAAACCCUGUUCCUCCUCUGCUAAUGUAUAUAACACGCUACUUUGCAACACUGCCACAACAGAAGCAGCAGCAACAGCAACAGCAACAAACAUUAACAAACACUACAAUUUUGGAGUCAAAAGCAAGUCAAAAUCCGCAUCAAUGGGCACGAGCAUAUCAAGCGUAGGGCAGCAUCCACAGCGGCAGCAGCAUCCAAAAGAUUGCGAGUCGAAAGUGAGGGUUGCUGAAAUGGAAACUAACCCCCGUGGGGCUGAAGAUGGGGAUGAAGGUGGGCAGGCGGUGGAGCAGCAGCAGCUGCCACCCCUGCUGCCGCCGAGGGCGAAAGUAAAUGACAAUGCGACUCCAGCCCCAACUCCACCCCCUGCCUUAUCGAUUGACCCAAUUGCAGUGCACUUCUCCCUACCGAAUGUGAAUCCGAAUCCGAGUGCGAAUGCAAAUGCAAAUGCAAAUCCCGGCAAGCCUCGUGCCGCUCUCAAGCGCAACAACAGCUAUAGGCUGGCCAACGACGAGCUGAAGCUGGAAAUGAAUAAGGAGAACCAGGGACUUCAGCUCUCGUUCGGUGCCGAGAGAGGCCCUCUCGCAGGCCCGAAUUCGGGUACAUUGCCCCCCAUGCAGCAUGCAACAAGUUCCCUUAGGCUGCGCAACCUCAGCAACCUGCCAGCCACACCUGCCAGCACCAGAGGGGAGCGCAAGAUAGCCAAAUCCUUUGAGCGCCUCGUCGAUGAGUUCUCCCUGUCCCUCACUUCCGGCAACGAUUCCUCCUAUUUGAAGAACAAAUCGCUGGAAAACUUCGAUGACUCACCAGCCCUUCUGGCCCUGGCCAAUGAGUCCCAAGAAAGCGAACAAAAGCCAGACCCAGACACUGCUGCACGCAACUCUGACUCCGACUCCGACUCUGAGGACGAUGUGGAGGCACUAACAGCGCCCAUGCCCGCCCCCAAGUACCACAAGUCCUUUGUGGAUAGCGUGCUGCUGCGGCCUUUCAAAAUCAUUCUGCCCCACGACGACAACGGGGUCCGUCGUCAGCGCAUUUUGCAAAAGUUCGAGGUGACGGAGAUCUGGUAAAAGCCUGUCCCUGGCUGUAGUUUGACCUUUUGUCAAUGCCCAACCCUUUUCACACAUGUCCCAGGCCCCUUCAAGGAGGCCGUCUUGAGCAAACACUGCAAAAUAAUUGACAAUCUCCGCACCACACAGCAUCUUCACAUGGUGGCGCUCAUUAAUGUGGCCUCCACUUUGCCAGCCACUAGGCUCGUGUGCGUGUUCAAUUGCCUGGUGGAGUCUCGAGUCCUGUAUCUUGGGGUUCAAUGUCCCUGCCACUGCUGCUGCGCUCCUACGCUUGAUAUACUACUAUCCCUUGCGGCAGUCUACAGGGGAACACCCUGAUAUUUUGUUUUGUAAUUUAUUUUCCCAAUUUUGGGCCCGUUUAACCGUUUAAAUAACCAACUUUUUGUUUGUGUGUGUUUUAACCAUAGCGAUAAAGAUUAAUGUUAUUUGUGUUACCCCUAAAAAAUACUAUAUGUUUGUAACUAAUUGUAAUUAACAUAAACCAACAUGUUGUUGUACCUGUGUGGAAUAGUUUUAGCAAUAGUCGGCUCGAAAGACGCUGGACUGGUUGUCCGUCACGCUUAAUUUUUUGUCAACAUUUUCUUUGCUCAUUUGCAAUUUGUAUUUAAUAUAUGUCGGGCUCUCAUACGAAUUUUGGGCACACUCCAGAACGAACCUACUCCCAGAGCAUUGCAAAAACAUCCCUAAAAGCGAAUUACAUUCAACGAACAAUCCCGUAGUGAAUUCUAGGACAGCCAACAGACCAAAAGACACUCAGAAUAAUGGGAUCCGGCAUAUAUUUUAUUCAAAAGUUUUAACAUACAAAUCUUGGGUCCUGUUCUUUCGAUCGUUCUGUAGAUCAAACACAAUUAUCUAUAUCAUUCAGUUACCAAAAUGUACAAUAAAUGAUCGAUUGAGAGAUGAUAAAUAAUAACUUUUCCAACACAACACAUGUCUAUUGUAAAUUUUGUAAAGUUUUUUGCACCAUUCACGUACUUUAUAAAGUAAGUUUUUUAUGUUCUACCACGACUAUGAUGCUAAUUUUUGUAAAACUACUCGAAUUAUUUAUGAUUUUUUAUCCAAAAUUUGUGUAAUAUCAAAAGCGUGCAAAAGACUUCUAUUGCAUCAUUUAUUCCAGCAUGCCAGCAUGUGUGUUUGUCUAUGUUAAUGUAGUAGUAGUAGUUUUUUGCACACUUUCCCAGAACUAACGAUAACAUACUCUUGCUCCCAUAAGGAGGAGGAGGUGCUCAAGUCUGUAGUACUCGUAGUUUGAAAAAUUAGCUCAUGGCCAUAACCUUAAGUUCUCGCCUAAGUCCAAACCACAUUCCACACAAAAGAACAUCUAACACCCCACCGAUCGUAAGUAAUGUUUUUGCAACAAAAAUAAAUCGAAACGAAAA